AUGCUCCUGGCAUCGAAUCAACAUUCUUGGCAAAUUCUCCUUAUCUCACCGGCGGCAACGCAACUACCAUGGUCCUAUAUAAUGCUUUACUCUCCAAGGAUAAACCGUGGUCUCGGUGAUAUAACACAAAGAAAGAAACAAACGAUGGUUAUCGACAUUGUUGAUGUCGUUUCCAUCAUCAUUAUCAACACCAAACUCUGUCCAACUAAACUUUCUAAGUCUCCUGGGAUUGCUCAUCAUCCCAACCAUGAUUGGUCCCCACUGAGAGACCCACGGUCUGUACCAAAGUUCAUCUCUUGUUCUUGA